CUGCUGGAGAGAGCUGUGUGUGUAUGGAGGCUAACGCAGUGAAUACAGAGCUCUUAGCUUGUGUUAGCUUUGUGUCCGCCUACGUUAGCGUCAACGUGGAGCCAGUUGGCAUCAGUUUCAAUGGAGGGAAUUCAACUGUUACUACACAGCCAUUUGAGUAUUUCAAAAGGUGCCUCUUCUUUCGCCAACUCGUGCCGCUCAGGCUGUCCUGUGAUAAGGAUGCCUCAAUUAUUCUUAUCUUAGGGAUAUCAAAAGAACACCAUGUCUCCUUCUCCCACUACAACCAAACCUGCUGCCGACUGAAUAUGUUCAAGUUCUUGGUGAUGUUAAAUAGACGUGUGUGUGUGUGUGUGUGUGUGUGUGUGUUGGAGGGUGUGUGUGUGUGUGUGUGUGUGUGUGUGUGUGUGUGUGCGUGUUUGUGUGUUGGAGGGUGUGUGUGUUGGGGUGUGUGUGUGUGUUGGGGUGUUGGGGUGUGUGUGUGUGUGUGUGUGUGUUGGGGUGUUGGGGUGUGUGUGUGUGUGUGUGUGUUGGGGUGUUGGGGUGUGUGUGUGUGUGUGUGUGUGUGUGUGUGUGUGUGUGUGUGUGUGUGUGUGUGUGUGUGUGUGUGUGUGUGCGUCCGUAGUGAAGCCUGUGAAAUUCCAUAAGCAGUGGCGGUCAGCAUGCAGAUAUGUUGACAGGAUAUGCGUGUCCUGAUAAACAGCUGAGGAGGGAUUUACUCAGAAGGGUAAUAGGUAUUAAUGGCGGUACUCUGUCGCAUCCCUCAAAACACUCUCCUCUCAAAUCUGCUCGUCUCUCUCUCCCCUCUUGUGUUCAAUGUCUCUCUCCCCUUUGCCACUCUCUCGUGUUCAAUGUCUCGUGCCCCUCUCUCAUUCAAUGUUUCUCAUCCCUUUCACUCUCUCACUCCUCCCUCUUGUUCAAUGUCUCUCUCCCCUCUCUCUCUUGUUCAGUGUCUCUCUCUCCCCCCACUCUCACUAUCUCUCUCUUUCAAUGCCUCUCUCACAACCAAAGUCCCUCGUCCCUCAAGUGUCCAAUGGCUCUCACAGUCUUGUUCAAAAGUAUCCGCACCUCUCUAGGUCGAACUCCAUCUCCCAACCACUGCCUCUCCACCACCCCCUUCUCUCUCUCCCUCACUCUCUCUUCAGGUCUUUCGUCCAAUUUCUCUCUGGCCUCAUUCUCCAUUGCUCACUCUUGUCCAAUUUGCUUCUCCCUCCACACAUCCUCCCGUCCUCACCCAAUGUCACUCGCUUCUCUCUCUCUCUCUCUCCCCCUUUCUGUCACCCACCCCACACCCCUGUGCCAUCACCAGGAGAGAGACCUGAUGCCCCAGGAGUUGGAUGAGCUGCAGGAGGCCUUCAAGGAGUUUGACUACGACGCCGACGGCUUCAUCCACUACAAGGACAUCGCGGACUGCAUGAGGACCAUGGGCUACAUGCCCACCGAGAUGGAGAUCAUCGAGAUCAUCCAGCAGAUCAAGAUGAAGUGGGGUGGUCACGUGGACUUUGAUGACUUCUGUGAGCUCAUGGGUCCCAGGAUGCUGGCAGAGACGGCCCACAUGGUGGGACUCAAGGAGCUGCGCUGUGCCUUUAAGCAGUUUGACUGCGACGGCGACGGUAAAAUCACCCCUGAUGAGCUGAAGGAGGCGAUGAAGGGCCUCCUGGGGGAGAAACUGAAGAAGGGGGAGCUGGAGGAGAUCCUGGCGGACAUCGACCUCAACAAGGACGGCAACAUCGACUUUGACGAAUUUGUCAUGAUGCUGUCUGCGAGGUAAACAGAGGGACGCAAGCCCGCAACGCAUUGGAAGAACACAAGUGAAUGAAUGCAACUUUAGUAGUUGUUCCAUUUGUGAUGCAGUGUAUGUUGCACUACUGUUUGCUCCAAAGUAUUAUUGCAUACAUUUAGUAACAUAAUUGCUGCUACAUUGAACAUGGCGGGGCAUCAAUAAAUCGUAAUGCGCUACUUUAGCGCCCCUAAAAGGCUGCAGACAGAACUGCUAUCUCUUGUUACUGUAUAUAAACAACUAUAAUACGUGCGUUGAAAAAGAAGUGCAUUUAUUAUUGGACACAUAACUUUGAAUUAGUGUUUAAAUGGUAAUACCUUUUAAGGGCAUUCUCAAUUUGCCUCCUUUGGAUCUUAAAUAACUACCAUCAAGUCAAGAGGGACUUUGUUCAAAUCACUCUCAUCCUUCGUCUACAACAAAGUGUUUAGACCGUAAGAGACAGCUCAGUGCUACUUUUCCGUAUGCCACUGUAUGAAUGUGCGUUUUAACAUAAUUAUUGUAGUCAACAUUACCAACAAAGAUUGCUGAAUCUUUGGGAGCGGAUACACACAUGAGAUAAAUAAAAUACAACAAUAGCAACACUCAACUCUAAUCUCCACACUGAAAGAAAACGAAUCACGCUCAAUGACUAGCAUAGUGGAACAGGCCUAGGCUACCAACAUCAUUUGACGAACGACAUUUGGAAGCAGGGGAUGAACUGGAAGAAAGAACAUUUGUGUUAUUUGAGGCUGAUUGUGUCCGUAUUGGAUUUAAAGUGGGAAACAAAAUGUGCAUCUUGUUCCACACAAUUGGAAGAAAAGCAAUAUGAAUGAAUAAAUGAGGCCUUAUGGCCUUGUUUCAUUCAAGCAUUGCCCGGCGACUCUCGUCCACGUUGACAUGCAGGACUAGAUGUGAAGGGUGCCGUGUAAAUAAAAAAGUGGAAAAGAACAGUGUGACUUAAAAUUUCAAAAUAACCAUGUAUGGACUUUCUUUAAGCUCAGACUGUAUACAUCAGGCUGGAUUCGGCACAAAUAAUUUCCAUAUCAUAAAACAUCAUUGAUCUCUUACUAAAUCUUUUUUCCUUUUUCGUAUCAAAUCAUCAACACUUAAUUUCCAACCUCCAAAAUUCAAAAGACUUGUCCAUGUAACCUGCAUGUUCAUUGGUUUACAAUUCAUUAUAAAGCACUCUAUGGCCGUGGGAUUGGUUAAAAUCGACAAAGGAGGAGGAAGGCAACGUUGCAAGGACAGCCAAGGUUAAAUCAACACAUGUGUUGUCUCGGUGGGGGUGAUGGUGUCCCUGAGAUUUCUCUGCCCUCAAUCCAGGCUUCUUCUGUCUGGUGUCGUGUCACAUUUCCAGAGCAGCGAUUGUUCAGUCUUUUAAAUAAGUGCCAACGUGGUUUUCCCAACCAUUAACGGAAAAGUUCACAUUCUGCGUCGGAAGCCAGCGUACGAGUGUUCAAAUCAACAGGAAGCACGUUGCUCGAGGUAAGCAGCAAAAACAACAAAUUAAGUCAUUUGGCAACUGGUAGAUAAGUAGGUUAGAUGGAUGUGCCUUGGGAGGGAGAGGAGAUGGAGUAUGAGGAGAGGAGA